GGCGGCGCCGGAGCGAACACCGAGCCGGCCAGCAGCAGCCGCGGCGGCGCCUCAGGGACGAGCGCCCAGGGUCGGCCUGGGGUUCUGGCAGCUGGCAAGGACCCCCACCCCGGAGUGAAAGAUGCCUGAGCAGAGUAAUGACUACCGCGUGGUGGUGUUCGGCGCAGGUGGUGUGGGCAAGAGCUCGCUGGUGCUGCGCUUCGUGAAGGGCACAUUCCGAGACACCUACAUCCCCACCAUUGAGGACACCUACCGGCAGGUGAUCAGCUGCGACAAGAGUGUGUGCACAUUGCAGAUCACCGACACCACAGGCAGCCACCAGUUCCCAGCUAUGCAGCGGCUGUCCAUCUCCAAGGGCCACGCCUUCAUCCUGGUCUUCUCUGUCACCAGCAAGCAGUCGCUGGAGGAGCUGGGGCCCAUCUACCAGCUCAUCGUGCAGAUCAAGGGCAGCGUGGAGGACAUCCCCGUCAUGCUGGUGGGCAACAAGUGUGACGAGACACAGCGGGAGGUGGACACCCGUGAGGCCCAGGCCGUGGCCCAGGAAUGGAAGUGCGCCUUCAUGGAGACAUCAGCCAAGAUGAACUACAACGUCAAGGAGCUCUUUCAGGAGCUGCUCACGCUGGAAACACGCCGCAACAUGAGUCUCAACAUCGAUGGCAAGCACUCCAGCAAACAGAAGAGGACAGACGGCAUCAAGGGCAAAUGCGUCCUCAUGUGAGCCCUGGACGCCCCGCAGCUGCCAGUCCCGGCCCCUGGCCCAACCCCAUGCCUCCCCCAACGCCGCCCUGCAGCCAGCGCUGCCAUCCCCUCUCUCACCUCUUUUACUUUUCUGACAUCCAACAUCCCCACUGGGGACACAGAGGCCCCUUCUAGCCCGCGGCAGGUCUGAGGCUCCAAUCCAGCUCUGUCACAUCCUUCCACCCUGUCCCUCUGUUCCACCCUUCUGUCUGUACCCCCCAAGGCCAAGUGCUGGAGGUGGUCCCCUUGAUCUGCACAUGGGAAAAUAGGGAAGCUGCCUGUCCCCUUGGGGACCGAGGAUGCUGGGUUUUCCCCACCUUUGCCCACCUCCAUGUCAACCCGGACCCCCAUCUCUGUCCCUUUGCCUUGGGUGCCCCCAGCCAGACCUGUGCCAUCCCCACCCAUUAGGUCACUGUGACCUAGCUGGGGAGGAGGGAGUUGAAAUGCACAUGGACCUCAGAUUUUGUUUUCUCCUAUUUGGUGUUUAACAUACACACUGCCCACCCACUUCCAUCCCUCAUGAUCUCUGGCCUGUGCUCCCUGCCUGGGGCCCCAGAUCACCCCUCUCGCUUCUGUCCCCACAGCUUGGGGUAAGGGGGCAUUGCGGGAUGGACCUCAGGCUGCCAGGCAAUAACCACAGGGCCCACAGCAGCACCCCACCAGUCCAGAACCCUACUCCUCACCCAGCCUGGGCCUGGCAUGCAGGCAGGGGAGGCCCAGGACCAGCCAAUGGUCACAGCACAAUUUUGAGGACUGCUUAGCAUGAAUGUGGGGAGCCUUCCUGGAGACGGCUCGCAGACAGAGAUUGUCACAGUGCAUCAUCAGCAAGCCCUGGGCAGGGGCUGAGGUGUUGGGAGGGGGUACCUGGGGCCUCCUCCAGAGACAGGUGACUGGAAUCACCAUCAGCAGAAUCUGGGGGGCUCAAGGCAGAGCCCUGUCCAGCCUACUCACCACCUGCACCCAGAGAGGGGGUUCCCCAAAAAGGCGUGUAUCCUAGAGUUGGGAUGUCUCUGCCACCAUGAGAUUCUGAGGUUUUGUGAGAGUGUCUAGAUAACUCUACAUUCGUGGAGCCCCACGGGGCUGUGUCUGGCAAUGAAGUUGACUUGUAGGCCUGGAGUGGGGGGUGACCAUGGGAUGGUGUAUUUGUGCAAGUUGCUCUUCAGGGGCCGAUGGUUUGUGUGUAAGAUUGUGUCUGUGUGUGCACCUGUGUGUGUGGCUAUCACUGGGGUGGUAUGUGCGUGUGACAGUCUGUGUAUGUAUGGGGUACAUGUUUGGGUGGGUAGUGUGGUUGUCAACAGGACUGGAUAUUUGGAUGUACCAACAUGAGUGUGACUCUAAGUGGCUGUGUUUUUGGGAACAGGUAACGUGAUUUAUCAGACACCAUCUGUGAACCUGUGUGUUCUCACUGUGUGAGGAACACUAAGCCUGUUUGACUCUGUAGCAAGGUGGCUCUUGGAUCAAAUGACCACAAACUCAGCAACUUGGAACUACACACAUUUGUUAUCUCCUAGUUUCUGUGGGCCAGGAACCUGAGCACGGCUAAGCUGGCUUCUCUGCUCAGGGUCUCACAAGGCUGCAGAAACAGUAUUGCCUGGGCUGUGGUCUCAUCUGAAGGCCUGACUGGGGAAGGACCCGCUUCCCAGUUUGAAUGGUUGUCGGCAGCACUCAGUCCUCUGCAGUUGCUGGACGAGGGCCUCAGUUGCUCACUAGCUGUCACCGGGAGCUGCCCUCUGCUCCCUGUCCCAUGGGCCUCUCCCCAGGGCAGCUCGAAGCAUUGGGUGUGAGGAAGCUGUGUGUGUAUGUGCUUGUGUGUGCUUGUGCAUACUGAGACUGAACUGUGCAUGUGAGAGAGAGAGAGAGAGGCCAUGUGGCUGUCCAGUCAUGUGGCCGUGUGGAACUGUAGGUAGGUAAGAGGGACUCUUUGUGUUCAACUUGGUGACAGUGUGUUUGUUUUUCUUUUUGUUUAUGACUGUUCACAAAUGUUUAUGGGGCUCAUGAUGAGAGAGAAGGAGUGUGUGUGUGUGUGUGUGUGUGUGUGUGUGUGUGUGUGUGAGAGAGAGAGAAAGAGAGAGAGCCCUGCCCAGCCACUGGGCACAUGGAUGGGCCCACAAAAGAUCUGGUAGCAUCCUAUCUAAGCACAGCUGAGCCCCCUUAUCCUGUAGAGGAUCUAGGGCCCACCAGCAGCUGGUGUUGCCCCUUCGCCCACUCUGGGAGUGGUUCCUGGGCUUUGAAGGUGCUGGAGAGGGUGGGGCUGGGCAGGGGUCUGUGGCCCUUUCUCAGGGACAUACCCUGAUAGCACAAUCUCCCUGGGGUCCUGCCCCUCCAGGCCUCUCCCACCUCUGGCCCUGCCCCGACCCUGGGGACAGAGGGAUUCUGCAGUAGGAGGGGCCAGAGCCUGCCUUGGCUGCUGGCCUGUCCUGCCUGGGGAUCCCUGGGUCUGGGGACCAUGCCAGGCCAUGCUUGCUGUGAUUCCACCCCUACCCUUUCUCCCCCUGCAUGUGGGUGCCCCCCACUCCUCACUGUGGGGUCUGUGUAGUGUUCACUCUAGAAAUAGUCUUCCUGCAAUAAAGAAAUGGAUCCUAUA